UGACACACUCGUUUCCCGUUUGUGACCGCCUCCUCUCGUCCUCAGUCGAGAGGGUCGACAACUGUGGCGCUGCGCUUCCAAUGAAUACAUCUGUAGCAUUUAUUCAAACAAUUAUAGCACUUAAUAAGUGGAUUUAUUGUGGAGCUGGAGUGAAGGAGUGUGCCUUUGGUGUGACAGUGGUUGUUCAGAUGGCCUCAGAUGGACUGAGUUAACCCUGUAAGAUGAUGGAGGGAGCUGGAAUAAAUUGGAAUAAAAAAGCCCCUGUGGGCACAACACUACUCUUCAUGUGUCUGGUCAUUCCGUUGGCUUUGUCACAAACUGAAGAAGCGCACACAUGUCCACCUGAUGACUACACCAUAGAACAGGGGAUUUGUUGCAACAAAUGUUCUCCAGGUUUUAAGCUUAUGGAAAAGUGUCAUGCUACAGGUCAGAGAAGUAGCUGCACACCAUGUCCUCCUGGACAGUUCAUGGACCAGAUGAACUUUUCCCCCAACUGCAGGCGAUGCCGACGCUGCAAAGAAGCAAAGCAUGAAUAUCAGGUGUCCCCAUGUAAUCGAGUCAAAGACACUGAAUGUCGGUGCAAGGAUGGCUAUUACAGAUUUGACAUAGACUCUGAAACGUAUGAGUGUCGCAGUUGUUCAAAAUGUGGAUCUGAUGCAAAGGAAAUACAAAGAUGCACAUGGGAGAAAAACACUGUUUGUGAAUGUAAGGAGAACUACUACAGUGUCAAAAACAAGUGUGAACCUUGCAAAACUUGCUCCCCUGAGUGCAAACAUCACUGUGCAACGACUCUGAAUACACAGAAUACAAAAGGUCCUGAUGCCGGACAAGAGUUUCUUAUCAGCAUAAUUGCUGGAGUUGCAGUUUCGGCAGUGGUUUUGUUGGUGAUGGUGUUCUUUAUCACCCAUGUGGCCACAAAACGAUUUACCAAGAAGAAGUUGUUAAAGGCAUCCACCCAAGCAUCUGAUUUCGCUCCAGACUCUUCUGAGCAGGUUCUGAUCAGAUGUGAGGAGAAUUUCAACAACAGUGUCCAAGCUGUGCCCGAAAGCCUUGUGAAUGAACAGCAACAGUCCAAACUGCCUGACUGUGUCCCACUGGAAAUCAAGAUCGCUGACCUGAUCUACACAGUGCUGGAUCUAGUUCCUGUGCUGCAGGUGAAGCAGCUGGUACGUCUGCUUGGUGUGAAGGAUACGGAGAUCGAACAGGCGCAGCUGGAUUACCGAUCCUGCCGGGAGGCUCACUACCAGAUGCUGCGGGUGUGGGCGGAGAGAGGCUCUCGUGGUGGUGGACGGGGUGGAAUGCUCUACAUGCCAUUGUUGCAGGAGUUGCUGGACAAAUUGAAAAUGAUGCUCCUGGGAGGGGUGGCUGAGGAGCUGGAGAUAAAGUAUGGCAUUUUGCCAUAACCCAAAGCCAAGUGGAACAAAAAGCUUAUGAAACCAAGUAUUAUCCUCUUUAAGAGACGCACUCAUGGACAGGACAGACUCAAAGCAUAAAAGAGACACGAUGCUAAAACCACAGCAGCAGUUGUUUUUUUUUAUAAAGUGAACCAGCAUCACAGAGUGCUCUACCUCUCAUACCCUUCAUCUGCUCACAAGACGAGGUCAAACUACUGAGCGAGGCGGAAGUUCAGGGAGGCAGAGCCACAGGAAGCUGGUCUUUGCACAGUUAAAUUCUGCUCCACCCUUUGCAAAGAACUUUCUGGAAUGUAUGUUUAUAUGUACUUAAUGUAUGUUUGUUUUUUGAAGAUGAAUGGAAUAGUUUUGAACAUUUUUUAUGAGAUACAUUUGUUGUUUUCUAGAGCUAGAUGAGAAGAUUUGAUACCAAAUGUGAGAGUUAUUUUUAGUUUUCUUUUUUAAAGCUGCUGUCAGUGAAUUAUGUAAGACCAAAUACAUUUUUAAUUGCUUAAUAUUCUGACAACUUUCACUGAUGAAGAUAGUCAGUAAUUCUCAUAACCCAUUCCCUCUGGUCAAAAAAGCCAUUGAAUCCCAAUGUAAAUGGGUUUUUCACCAGUACACAUCUGCACAGGUGAAAGUGGUGGAAAAAACACCAAAAGGUGUUCUUUGCCUUUUUUUUUUUGCAGCUUUGCGCAAAUUUAAAAAUCCAUUUUAGUGUGAAAUAGGCUUCAGUGGUCUCUCAGUCUCAGGUGUCUGCAAACUAAACUUGUUGAAUCACAUCUGGUUAGUAAAAACCUCCCUUCAUCAAAUGCAUUUAUGAGGUGACCGUAGCAACAGACUAGAAGUUAGCUACAAGACAACAUCACUGACAGCAGCUUUAUCUCAAUGACGUGUGAAUAUGCAUAUUUCCUUUUUUAAAAACAUCUCUAAAUAAAUCAAAGCAUUUUUAAGACGUUAGUAUCAUAUGAUAUAUCUUUGGGAAUAGAGAGGAUUAUAGACUUUAUGAUUUGAUACUGGUUUGUUCCGUACAUUUAUUGUUGAGUGCAAUUUGUACUGUAUCAUAUUUUCCUAUAGCUUUAUCAGAUUUCUUUUUAUUAAGAAGCAAGCUAUUAUGUAGUCUAAGCCAGUUAAGCUACUCACAUUUCAAUGAGAAGUCAUUGCAGGACGACCUGAUAGCUCAGUUGUUAGGGAGCAAAGCACAUGGACAGACUCCUGAAAGUGUCGUCUGACUCCGAGACUGUAAACUUCAGAAUACCAAAGAAAAUCUUCCAACCAAAGUUAGUACUCCAGGUAUGAUUACAAACAUUCUUUUCAUUUGUGUUUGUCGCAGAAGGAAGUGGAAAAUGUAACAUUGAUUUUCAGCCUGUAGUAUAGAGUUAUUUGUUCAAUACUUCCUGGUCCUACUGACAAAAGGGAAGACAAAAAAAGGGAACCAGACCCCUGCCACAUUUCAUAAACUUCACACCCUAAUUAGCAUUCUUUAAAACCCCUUUUAUACAAGCAUUAUUCAUUGCUGUGGAAAAACAGGACACACCUUGUCUCCGUCUGUCUUUGCCAAGCUAUUUUUUUUAAAAGACCAGUCCCAGCCUGCACACUCAGAUAUGAAUCAGUCACUCUGUCGUGGACUGGAGACUUUUUCAAAGCACCUUUAUCUUGUAUCAUACUUUAUAAGGCAGAAAUGAUUAUUGAGUGAACGACUGUGGACAACUUUAAAUGACAAAAUAAAAGAAAAUCCAUUUCCA